CUCGUCCAAAAGCAAUGUCCAUCGAUGCGAUGCUAUGAAUCUUUUAAAAAUAUGUCUUCGCAUCCAAAUUGGACUCGAGUUGAGUCCAGGACAGCAGCAUCACCCAACAAUGGCGAUCGCGUGCAGCAGCCUUCACCGUGACACCAACCUGGACUAUCAUCAUUACCCUCUUCAUUAUGUCUUUGCUUUCAUCUCCGUUUCUCUCGGAUCCAUGGGCUCUCUGCUUUCAAUUUACUACAAUUUUACUCUUCACCUGGAAGAUCUUCAUCUAGUAAGUGCUUUUCAUUGGUGUGCUAUGUAAGGAAUGUAGUUCCGUCAAGGGUGCAUUCCAGUUGGAAAUUACCUCGUGAUGUACUUCUCCAACCCUUUCGCUGCGACUCUUGCCACAUCACGCUCAAAGUUUGGAAUACCUGGUUGCUCUGUUGAAGCACCGCUCCUGUCGUUACAAUUUGGCAAGUGGAAGCGUCAACAUUAGCA